AUGGGCAACGACAACGACACACGCCAGCUCACUCGAGUCGUGUUCACAAACCUCCACCCUUCCCUCGACACCACCCACCUCCGCACCCACAUCCAACGCUGCCCACCCACCACGCCCGCAAUCACCGACCUCAAGGUCCUCGCCAGGCCAGACGGGUCAUCCCGCUGCAUCGCUUUCGCUGGGUUCAGCUCGCACGACGACGCAGACCGCGUCAGGCAGUGGGCGAGCGGAGCAUGGCUCGCAGGCGCAAGGGGCGGCGCAAGGGUCAAGACGGACUGGGCAAAGAGCACUCGCGAGGCGCCUCGACCCGCAAAGCGCCCCAGGCUUGCCGGCGCAGCUCCCGACGGCGGAGUGCUGCAGGCGGCAGGCAAGAAGGCGGAUCGCUUCACAGAGUUCCUCGCCGUCAUGACCGGCCGAGACUCGGUGCAGCCCGUCGCAGCAGCGGGCGCCACCGAGCUGUCCGCGCCGCUGCACAUCCCGCCAAAGGCCGAGCCACGAGAGCAGGACACACCGCCAGACGGCUCGACGCAAGAGGCCCGGGGGUCUGAGAGACUGGCCGAGCCCGCUCAGCCUCGCGAGUCGACCCCAGACGACGGCGUCGCGCAGGACGAGUCGCUUACAGACGAGCAGUACCUCGCCAAGCGUCUCAAGCGCACCAUCGACGUCGUGGAACCGGACGACGACGCCCAGCAGUCGAAGCGCUCCUUUCUGCAGGACGAGCAGGUCGCCGACACCGAGACCAAGUCAGGCGAGCAAGGUUCGGACCAGCCUCCACACCGGGACGAGGACGAGGUGAUCGCCGAAACGGGCCGCCUCUUUGUCCGGAAUCUGCCCUUCGCAGCCACUCAGGCCGACCUCGAGCAGCUGUUCGAGGACUACGGCCCCCUUGAGCAAGUCCACCUUCCCCGCGACCCGUCGAAGUCGACUCCUCGCGGCAUCGCCUACAUCACCUUCACCCAGCCGCAGCAUGCCCUCGAAGCACGCGCAGCACUCGACGGCACAAUCUUCCAGGGCCGCCUCCUGCACAUCCUCCCAGCCGUCGGCCGGGCACCACGCAAGGCGGACGAGGCGACGGCCGGGACACUCAAGCAGCAGCGCCUCGCAGCGCGCAAAGAGAAUGCCGGUCAGGCUUUCAGCUGGGCUGCCUUGUACCUCAACCCCGAUGCCGCUCUCGCGGCCGUUGCGGACCGCCUCGGGGUCGCCAAGUCCGCUCUUCUCGACCCCUCGUCGUCCGAUCCCGCGGUCAAGGUUGCGCUUGCCGAAGCGCAUACGCUCUCCGAGACGAAGCGCUACCUCGAGAGCCAACACGUCAACGUCGAUGCCUUCGCCCGUCCCGGUCCGCGGUCGGCGACGUGCAUCCUGGUCAAGAAUCUCCCUUACGCCACCUCGCCCGCCGCUGUCCAGGCGCUCUUCGCUGCACACGGCACCGUCAGUCGGCUUCUCGUUCCGCCGUCGGGCACGCUCGCCAUCAUCGAAAUGGGCGAUCGCGACAGCGCCCAAGAAGCUUGGAAAGCCCUCGUCUACAAGCAGUUCGCCGGUAGCGUCUUGUACCUCGAGAAGGCCCCGGCUGCGAUCUGGGACGCUCCUCUCGGCGGCGGCGACGGCGACGGCGACGAGGAGCAGUCGAAAGGCGCGCCCGUUGCUAACCUGAACUUUGCGACGACGGCGCCCCGCUUCAAAGCGGCUUUCGACCAACUGCCAGGCUUCGCCUUUGCCCGCAUCAAGACCAAGCCCGACCCAGCCGCACCUGGCCGGACACUCAGCAUGGGCUUCGGAUUUGUGGGCUUCCGCACAGUCAAGGAGGCCCAGCAGGCGCUCCAGGCGCGGGGCGAGCACGUCCUUGAUGGCCACAAGCUCGCGAUCUCGUUUGCGCACCGCGGAGCGGACAAGGCUGGCGCGGCGAGCGAGGGUUCGAAGGCGUCGGCUGUCAAGGGCGUCAAGGACACGACGGCGAAGCUCCUCGUGAAGAACGUUCCGUUUGAGGCGACCCGCAACGACAUUCGACAACUCUUCAGCGCGUACGGGCAGCUCAAAUCGGUCCGACUUCCGCGCAAGAUGGACAACAAGACCCGAGGCUUCGCUUUCGUCGAGUUCGCCACUCGUCGAGACGCAGAAGCCGCUUUCGAAGCGCUCGAGCACAUCCACCUGCUCGGUCGUCACCUCGUGCUGCAGUGGUCGGGCGGAGAGGAUGAGGAGGGAGGACAGGACGAGGCGCACCGCGAGCGGGCGCCCCAGGCGAAGUCGAACAGGAUGGGCAAGUCGAAGUUCGAAAUGUAG